CGGCAGCAGCGGCAUCGAAAACGAGCCUUUGAAUGCUCGGAGUUCGCAGCAUCUUCUGAACGAAUUUCAGUCGAGUUUAAGCAGCCGAACGCGGCGGAUGGUAAAACGGAAAACGGAAACGAACUAAAAAACGGGCGAGUAAUUGAAUGAAACUAAUGGUAGUAAAUAUUUAGUAUGACAAAAAGGAUUCAAGUUAAUAUAUGAAAACAACAACAACGAGAAGGUGAAUGCCUGAGGGUAGGAUUGCUAAUAGGUGAGCAUUCAUGCGUACGGGUUUGAGUUGGUAUUUGUGUGCGUUCAUAUAAAACGGAAAUGCUUUCGGCGCCAUCUUGAAUUUCCUUUUGUGCGUUAGUUAAAUUUAAAAAAAGUGUGUAUUAGAAAGUGAAUAGCGGGGAAAAAGAGACUAUAACGGUGUCUACCACAAAAGAACAUACUUUUAUUAGCAUCAACUAUCAAUAAAAAACGGCAAUUAAGUGAGUAGUGACGCAAGUUGCACCAAUCAAAGUGUGAACCAAUUGUCGCUGCACGCGAAUUCAAUAUGGCUGAUGUUUUGGAAAAUUUUCAAAAAAACAAACCUAGAGUGUAAAAUAGAAAUCAAAUCUGCGUAUAACUAGAAGAGAAUAAAUUGCGAAAUAUCAAGUGAAAAUUGCAAAAAUUUUAAAUCUCUAACGUAAAAUCGAUAAUUUAACUGAAAGUCUGACAAAACGUGCGCAAGAUGUUGAGCAUGUCGCAUACGCCGUUUCAAACAAUAGCCGCCAAAAAACGAUUUCCUUUACGAUUGCGUACAUUCCGCAGCGGAAGCGGAUAUGGCCGAAGGAACCUGCUCAGUUGCACCCACUACACAUUGCUGCUGGCCACUGCUAUCUUAGUUUUAAUCAGUCAUGCCAAGAGCGCACUACUCUAUGACAAUAACAACAACGGUAACAAUAGCAUUAAUAUUAACAGCAAUGCUGCAUCAAAAUAUGCUACCGAGAUGCCUCCGCUAGAGGCCACUCAAACAAUGCCACAGCGCACAGAAUUUGCGCCAUUGUCCGAGAAAGUGGGGGAAACGGAAAAGUUGUUGCAACAGCAGGAAGAUGUCGUAAUUCCUGUGGACACUGUGGUCGUGGAGCAAUCUAUGGAUGAGCGUCUGCACAAUAGCAAUUCAUAUAAUCAUAAACAACGACAGGAGCAGGAGCACCAUCAACUCAAUCAGCAGCGGGAACGAGUUGAGCAACAGUCGCAAUCGCAACACCAGCAUAGCCACACGUAUCACCAUCAUAAUAAGCAUCAUCAUCAGCAACAGCAACAACAUCAGCACCAUCAUCAUCAUCACCACCAACAACAGCAGCAGCAGCAACAAGCAUUGUUCGAGUCACAAAUUAACACGCAGCCUCAGACUCAGCCACAACCGCAAAAGCCAUUUGAAACAUUCGAGAAGGUACAGCACGAACCGGAAGUGGGGCAACGGAAGCUGCACGCCCACCACCAUGGUCACAACAUGUUGCCCGGACCACAUCGGGGCGUCAGCGCCAAGCGCCACUACCACAGCAAAUACACCAUUGAGGAGCUGUUGAAUAUGAAAGUACAGCAUCGACUCUCCGAUGAUAUCGACAUGGACCCAUGCAAAGCAGGUGGUUUUAUGGGAGAUAUCGCCUUGCCCGACAUUAAUUAUGACGGUGACCCAAUUGUGGCGCGCACUCUGAUUAUACCCAUAGAAGCCGGAUCACAUGACAACGAAGACGACGACGAAAUCACCGGUAGUGAGGAUAGUGAAAGCUUGCCUAAACGAAAUAUGAAUGAAAAGGAUACCGCCUGGGAAUGGCAAUCGGAUGCACCAGCUGACAGGCUGACAAUCGUUGAAAAAGUUGCACCCGCUACUAAAUUCAAUGCAUCUUUCCAACAAGAAUUGGAGAUACUUAAACAGGAAGUUUAUCACGAAGGCUUGCAAGUGGAGGAGGAGGGUCUGACACAUAUUAUACGCAAGAAAACCAAACUACCGAGUUCACGUUAUGACUACAACAACAAUAAAAAUGAACGUAACCGCAAUGAUGCAGCUUUGUCGGCCAAUGAACCGGUAAAACCCACAAGUUUUUCGUUAAACACCGACUAUUUGAUGAAAAACUUAAAAAAUGAAGUUAUCAGUAGCAAUAACAACAACGACAACGGCCAACGCUACAAACCGAACCCCAUUUACCAUCCAGUUGACGGUUCAUUUUUUGAUUCCAAGCCAGCUACGCGCGGAAAAUCCGCAAAUACGGACACGAAUGAAACACAACCGCUAGGUGCGCAUCAACAACAACUACGGCAGCGCGCUCUUAGCAGCGGUGGUGGUGGUGGAAUGCACACACGUCCAGGAAAAGCCACAACUUUUGAUGCAAACGGAAAAGUAGAGUCGAUUGCUUUACACCGCAGUGGGGAGUAUUUCGGACCAGCAGUGAGUAGCGUCGAUAGCAAUGGCGCAGGUGGACCUUUCGGACGCACACCGAUUGAGAAAGCAGUCGAGGUAGAGAAGCAACGUAAAGCCGCAGCAGCCAUAAAUAAUCGCAAUGUUGAUCAACGAAAAAUUCAAUCGAAUACGAAGGACAUUGAAAUGGAUUCAGGUAACAAUUUCGUGGCCGAACGUCGCAUGGUCAUACUGCCGACAUCGGUACCUACGCAACGCUCAACAAUGCCGAAUGUUUACAGUAAUUCGGGUGGUAAUGGCAUGAAGCUUGAUGAUGUGGAUUUUUUGCAUGCUGAGGGUGCAGUACGACGACGACAUCGCCGUGGGCGCAAGCAUAGACGCAGCUCAGAAAUGCGACAUGCAGACUUUAAUGCGAAGCUGGAACGCCUAAAGGAAGAACUCAAUCGGCCAGUGCAUACCAUUCACGAUUAUCCAGCGCAAGUACGCCACCAGCGGCCAACACACAACGUGGGCGGCCACCAUGGCGCCAACCACAAAACACAUAACAAGAAGCAAACAACGAAAAUUGGAGUAACAGCAACAGCAACACCUGGAGCAGUUAAAACCGAAUUCGCCAAUGAACGACCGCUGGAACACGAGUACGGAAAGCACAAGCAACAGCUGGUGCCAGAACCGCAACAGCACCAUCAACGCCACCAUCAAUGGAUGCCAGCGUUGCAAAUGGAGCAAAGUCUAGCCAAAAAUUUCAAUUAUUCUGCAACACCAAGCGAUGAACUGGAUGCUGUGGGCGGUAGAGUUGAAUUCGACGCGUACGACUCCAUAGCCAGUAGCGACCGCAGUGACGGAAUUAGUGCGGGUACUGGCAGCAAUAUACAAACGCCAUUAGAAAUAGAACUACAAAAAGCUGAAAAUUCAAAGCACUUAAGGCAUCGCAAUCGCAUGGUGCGCGCUGUAACUGCCAAAAAGGAGCGAGUGUGGGAUUACGGUGUCAUACCGUAUGAAAUCGACGGCAACUUCAGUGGUCUGCACAAGGCGCUUUUCAAGCAGGCAAUGCGUCAUUGGGAAAACUCUACUUGCAUCAAAUUUAUUGAACGUGAUCCCGAAAUACAUCCAAAUUUCAUUGUAUUCACAGUACGUAGUUGUGGGUGCUGUUCAUUUGUUGGCAAACGCGGCAAUGGAGCGCAAGCCAUAUCAAUCGGUCGCAAUUGCGACAAAUUCGGCAUUGUAGUGCACGAACUGGGUCAUGUCGUUGGCUUUUGGCAUGAGCACACCCGUCCCGAUCGCGAAAAGCACGUCGUCAUCGAGCACAACAACAUCAUGAAGGGUCAAGACUACAAUUUCAACAAAUUGACACCGGAGGAGGUCGACUCACUGGGGCUGCCCUAUGACUAUGACUCCAUUAUGCACUAUGCGCGCAACACAUUCUCCAAAGGCACCUACCUCGACACCAUUCUACCCAUUGAAGUGAAAGGCAAAAAGCGUCCUGAAAUUGGUCAACGUUUACGCUUGAGUGCCGGUGAUGUUGCACAAGCGAAUUUACUCUACAAGUGCCCCAAGUGCGGUCGUACAUUUCAAGAGAAUACCGGCAUAUUUGCCAGUCCGUCAUACUAUACGGCUGGUGCAUUGACCAACGAGACGGAGCAGUGUGAAUGGCGCAUUACAGCUACACAUGGCGAGCGCGUUGUGUUGAAACUGGAAAAUCUGAAUAUUUUCAAGUCGAACAACUGUCAAACGGAUUACUUGGAGGUGCGAGAUGGUUAUUAUUAUAAAUCACCUCUGAUUAAGCGUUUCUGCGGUAAAGUAAAUGGAGAAAUUUUGAAAACAGAAUCGAGUCGUAUGCUUUUGACGUAUGUCAAUACACAUCGCAUGGAAGGCUAUCGGGGUUUCAAGGCAGAAUUUGAUGUCAUCUGUGGCGGUGAGAUGUCUGUCGACGAUUCCGAGGGUCGUUUAGAAUCGCCCAACUAUCCACUGGAUUACCUGCCAAGCAAAGAGUGCGUGUGGAAAAUCACUGUGCCAAGAGGCUACCAAGUGGCGCUUAAGUUCCAAUCGUUCGAAGUGGAGAAUCACGACAGCUGUGUGUAUGAUUACGUCGAGGUGCGAGACGGUGCCACGGAGGAUGCGCAAUUGAUUGGCGUAUUUUGCGGCUACAAACCACCACCGAACAUGAAGUCAAGUGGCAAUGCUAUGUACGUGAAAUUCUUGUCGGACUCAUCCGUACAGAAGGCCGGCUUCUCAGCCAUUUUCAUGAAGGAGGUAGACGAGUGCGAGACACAGAAUCAUGGCUGCGAGCAUGACUGCAUAAAUACGUUGGGUGGUUACGAGUGUAGCUGUCAUAUUGGCUAUGAAUUGCAUAGCGACAAAAAGCAUUGUGAAGAUGCUUGCGGUGGCGUCAUUGAAUACCCCAAUGGUACCAUAAGUUCGCCAUCGUUCCCGGAUGCCUAUCCCGUGCUAAAGGAAUGUAUUUGGGAAAUUAUUGCUCCGCCAAAACACAAGAUAUCGCUCAACUUCACGCAUUUCGAUCUCGAGGGCAAUACACAACAACAAACGGAUUGCGGCUACGACUCGGUCACUAUUUACUCAAAAUUAAGCGAGAAUCGCCUAAAGCGCAUUGGUACAUAUUGCGGCACAGCCAUACCACCCACAGCCACCUCGGAGGGCAAUGCGCUGCGCGUUGAAUUCCAUUCUGAUAAGACUAUACAAGGCACUGGCUUCGCUGCAGUAUUCUUCACGGAUAUUGAUGAGUGUUCCACGAACAAUGGUGGCUGCCAGCAUGAGUGUCGUAACACAAUCGGCUCCUACAUGUGUUUCUGUCACAAUGGCUAUUCGCUACAUGAGAAUGGACACGAUUGCAAAGAAGGCGAAUGUAAACAUGAAAUAUCGGCACCUUUUGGCACCAUCUACAGUCCAAACUUCCCGGAUCUCUAUCCACCGAAUGCUGAUUGCGUAUGGCACUUUUCAACCACACCGGGUCAUCGCAUCAAGCUGAUAUUCAAUGAAUUCAACGUGGAGUCUCAUCAGGAAUGCGCUUAUGACAAUGUAGCUGUAUACGAUGGGGAAUCCGAAAGUAGUUCACUUCUGGGUCACUUUUGCGGCGACAAAAUACCAUAUCCGAUUUCAUCAACAACCAAUCAGCUGUAUAUGGUAUUCAAAACGGACAAAAAUAAGCAGAUGACUGGAUUCACGGCUAUACACUCAACAUCGUGCGGCGGUUAUUUGCGUGCCACAAAUCAAAUACAGCAAUUCUAUUCGCAUGCGCUCUUCGGCAACCGCAACUACAAUGAGAAUAUGGACUGUGAAUGGACGAUUCAAGCGCCGGCAAGCAGCAAUGUGCAGCUACUCUUCCUAACUUUCGACAUUGAGGCCAGCGAAAAUUGCACAUAUGACUAUGUGCAGGUGUACUCGGGCAUGGAGGACACUAGUGGUCCUAUGUAUGGGCAAUAUUGUGGCAAUACGCUCCCUCAAGACAUUAUUUCACUGACCGACUCCCUGCUGGUGAGAUUUAAAACUGAUGACACUGUCACCAUGAAAGGUUUCUCUGCUUCCUACGUAGCCGUUGAUCCGUUCGAGAAUAGCGAUGAGGAUUUCAAUUCGUAUAGCGCAGAACGCGCCACACCCUUCCCCGGUUCAUUGAAGAGCAUCUACGAGGAUUCAGAUGAAUACAGUGACUUCAGCGAAAAUCAAUUGAUUGUGCGACCAAGGGGUCGAUACUACAAUGGUUUCUAAAACGCGGCCUACCGUGGGUGGCAUCCACCCAUAUUCUACGUAACUCCUUGAAAUUGGCCGAGACGCAUGAGGGGUGCUAGGAAGAGCAAGAAAAAGGUGGGCAUGAUGAAAAUAAAACGUAAGAAAGUAAAAUUCUGGAAGCGUGAAUGAAGGAAAAUAUUGACAAUAGCGAAAAUUACUCGUAUCACAUAGAAUUUAGACUUUUCAUCUUCUAAGGCAUAUCAAACGUAAACGUACACACUUACAUACUACACACAUCAUCAUGUCAAAAAGAGUGGGCAAAUACCAAACAAAAUUAUAUACAUACAAAUAAACUUUCUUAGAUUUAUUGAGACGAAGAGAAAUACAACAUACAUACUCGUAUUUAAGUGUGCAAUUUACUUAAAAAAUUCAAACGAAAAAUGUAGAAUUUAUGAAACAAUAAGAGAUGAUAUGCAAGAGCAAACCAUAUCGAUCUUCUUGAGAAAUGUUGAAAAAUCGAGAUUAUGAGGACAAAAGUAGUUACUUACAUACAUAUCUCCAUACACGAAUAUGUAUGUUGCAACUUCUUGCAUUUUAAUUUAACUUUAAACACAAUAAUUAAAACAAUAAUUUUAAGUGAAAUUAUUUAGAAAAAAGAACCAAAACAUAUGUAUGUAUGUAUUUAUCAAAGAUAUAUAUUUUAGAAAUGUAAAAUGUAUGUACAAUUAGUCAACAACUUUUCGAAAAAAGUCAAACUCAUAUACCGAAAACUUAGGCUUAGUAAAAAAGGAACAUUUAUUUAAAUAUGUAGUGAUAAAAAUAUUGAAAGAAUUGCAUUUAUGAAUAAAACAUAAUCGAUCGCAAAGCAUUCGGACCUUUCCCCUGUUCUUUGUAGACUUCUUUCAAAAUUCAUAAAAUAUCGUAAACCUAAUCAUAUCUACUUUAUAGCGUUGUUUAUAAAUUAUAUUCAUACACAUAUACAUAUGUAUGUACAUAUUUACACACAAAAUUCAACUUAUAAAAAACAAACACCUGUCCGGAAAACCUACAUACAUAUUUGGGUUUCGCAAUACAUUUGAACCAAAAAUGUUGCAAAACAAAUUAUCAAAACUUUACAAAAUAAAUAUAUAGAAACU